AUGAAAAAAAUUAAAGACUAUUGUGUCUUAACCAAUGAAAUAUUAGGUUCGGGUGCCUAUGGAACCGCUUACAAGUGUUAUCGAGAGGGCAAUAAGGAUGAGUUAUAUUGCAUGAAGAUAAUUAACAAAUCCAUGAAUACCGACCAGAAAAAGGAAUAAAGUUAGAGGAGAUAGCUUGAAGCAGAAAUAAAGACAUUCUAAACUUUAAAGAAUGCAAACUGUGAGAAUUUAGUUAAAAUGAUUGAGAUUAUCGAUGAAAAAUCUAGAUUAUGUAUUGUAAUGGAAUUAUGUGAUUUGGAUUUGGAGAAAAUGCUCAAAUAAUUUCAACAGAAUAAUUCAUGGCCCUCAAUUAUAGAAAUGAAUGAUAUAAUGAAAUAAAUAAUUAACGGUGCCUAGGUUUUAAUUGAUAACCACAUUAUACAUAGAGAUAUCAAGCCCUAAAAUAUCUUAGUUAAAAUACUUAACAAAGGGACUCCAACAGAAAGGAAAAUUUAUAAAGUAUAUUUAUUAUGCUAAAUUAGAUCGCUGAUUUUGGUUUUACUAAAUUCAUAGACGAUAUCUACGCUAAAGCUAAUUUAACAAGAGUCGGCACUCGUUCAUAUUGUGCACCUGAAAUUUUGAGAGGAUAAAACUUUUCUUGCAAGUGUGAUAUCUACUCCUACGGAAUUGUUUUCCAUCAAAUAGCUUAUAGAUUCAAUUUUCCAAGCAACUAUUAGACUUAUUAACAAUUAACGGAAUUUCAUGAUUCAAUAAAAAAUAAUCCAUUUAAAUGUGCAGUUUUACAAGGCGGUUAAAUGAUUAUGGAUUUAAUUGAAAAGAUGAUAAUUUAUGAUUAGGAUAAGCGAAUCUAAUUUGAAGAUCUAUGGUCUCAUGAGAUUAAGAGAACUCCUACUCGAAUGCUAACAGACUCCAUCUUUAUACCUAUUGAUAGAAAAGUGUUGGAGUUGGAAUAAAAAUAAUAAAUAAAGAAGAAUAAGGCAGAAAAAUUCAAAAGAUUAAAUUUAUUAAUUGAAGUUUUUUAUCGUAAAUUCUUGCUUUGUAAAAACGUGGUUGAUUUAAUGAAAUAGAAACUAAUAGUCAAUCAUAUUGAUUAUUUGAUCUUCUAAUAGUUCUUAUAGUUAAUUGGGUUUUACUAAAUUAGUUAUGGAUUUGCAAUGUUGAACUAGAAUAUAAGUGAUUUUGAACCUACAAUUCUCUUUGACAAUGAUAUACCAUAACUAAUCGAACUUCUAACCUAUUUUAUGAAGAAGUCUGUAGGUAACAAAGAGUACAUGGCCUUGUAAAAUAGGUUAACCAACGACUAUUAUUAAGCUUAAACAACAUACAAAAAUGACUUUAAUAUAUUACUUAAAUAAAAAAUAGAAUAAAAAAAUUAGAAAUAAUAUGAGGAUGAAUUCAAAUGGCUUUAACAAUCUCAAACCAAGAAAGUACCAAUUGAAAAAUGCUAUUCCGCGAUUUAAUAUUUGCAGACUACAGAGAGGAUAAAAGAAUUUAUUGAAAAAUGUAAUAAUCAACUUGGUGUUGGUUUCCAUUAAAGUUUGCAGACAAUAAUUCAACUCGACACCAAAUUUAAUAUCACAUAUUACAGAGAUAUAAACCCUGACGACAUUUUUAAAAUAUGAAUACCAUAUUAUUGUGUUUUCUUAUAUGGUACAAGAC